AUGUCCAACAAAACGCCGCUCCCGCGCGUAGCGAUGUUUCACGGUGGCGGCUCCACUCCCCAGAUCUUCAAGAGACAGUGUGAAGCGCUCGAGCGCCAUCUCGGCAAUAGCUUUGAGUUCGUCUUCUUUGGCGCACCCUUCCAGAGUGGACCGGGUGCAGGUGUACUUCCAUUCUUCAGCGAAGAAACGUGGGGCCCAUACCUGAAUUGGUUUACCAAGGGAGAGAACGGAGAUGAUAUCCCAGACGGGACUGCUGGAAAUUAUGAUGAUGAAGAGGGUAUUGAUCGAGUCGUACGGCUGAUCAGAGAAUGCGGUCCUGGUGGAAAAUGGGUCGGUUGUUUAGGAUUCAGCCAGGGGACCCGGACCGUAGCUGGCCUGCUAAGAUGGCAGCAAUGGAGGAAUAACAAAGAGACUGUGGAUGGAGAUAUUGAUAUUAAAUUUGGCAUCUUGUGUAUGGGCGCUGGGGCCCCUAUGUCAUCUACUAUACCUGAAUCAUUAUUGAAAUGGGAUGAAGCUAAUUCGAACCGGCUGAUAUGCCAGAAAGAUGAGCAGAUUCGAAUUCCUACCCUGCACUUGCACGGUCUUUCCGACUCCUGCUAUGAAGCGGGAAAAGUCCAAAUGAAAUCCCACUUUGAUCAGAAGACGGUCACUUGCAUUGAGAUUGAUUAUCAUCACGCCAUGCCUUGGCACCCAAAAGAUGUCUCUUUAUUCGUGGAAAGUAUAAAAAAGCUGUACCCCCAGAGGAAUGCUGGUAGCCAUACCAGUUAG